GUGUUGCAUGUUUACAUAUGGUAGACAAUAAUAUAAUAUUCGCCAGCCACUGGCCCGCACAACAGUACAGCACAUUCAGUACAGUUUCUCGUCCGCAGGCCGUGUGACGUUGGCUCCUCGUACAACGCGACAUCGUAACAAUAUUAAUAUAUUUUGUUGUCGUCGCACACGUACCUGUUCUACUAGUAAAAUAUCUAAAAUAUUUUUACGACAAUUACCGACGAUAAUCCGUUUUGAACUGGACACAUCGACUGCAGAUAAAUACCUAUAUCGAUAUUUAUCGUUAUAAACACCAACCGAUUUCUAAAACCACACAUAAGCUCGUCGUCGACCGUGCACGGAAUUUUCGUGAUAUCCAAAUAAAACCGACGACAUGGACCGACUGAGAGUUAUGACCGGCGCUCGUCGCAUUUUCAACGGACCGAUGCACAAGUGUUCCAAAGCGUCGACGAACCACUGUCGCACGUCGCCGUCCUGGACUGCGUCCGGGUCGCACGCGCCGUGCACUACUGCAGCCGUACGCAUGUUCGGCGCCACUUCCUCCCGCUCCACCCCUUCGUCAUCAACCGGACCAAUAAUCUUGGAGUCUCCAUUCGGCACCGUCAACCCCGUGGAUCUCACCCUACCCGAUUACAUAUGGAGGAAUGUGGACAAGUGGGAAGACAAGCCAAUGAUUACAUGUGGUAGCAGUGGCAGAUCAUACACAUACGGCGAAGGUCGCAUGAUUUGCAGAUUAUUCGCUAGUACUCUUAUUUCGAAACUUGGUUUAAAAAAAGGUGAUGUUGUUGGACUAUUAUUGCCGAACCUACCCGAGUACGUUUUUGCCAUUCAUGGAGCCCUCGAAGCAGGACUUGUCGUUACUUUUGUCAAUCCUCUUUACACUGCCAUGGAGGUAAGACGGCAGUUCGAAAACGCUGGUGUAAAACUUUGCAUGACGAUCUCUUUAUUGCUUCCUGUAAUUCAAGAAGUAUCCCCCGGCCUUAAAGAUUAUGUGGGCACCAUAGUGUUUGGCGGUGAAGAAGUUGCAAACGAAAAAGCUCGUGUAUAUGAUUUCAAGACUAUAGUUUCAGGACAAUCACCUGACGAACUUCCAGAAUCGUUCCCCCACGAAGUUGCUUUAUUACCAUAUUCUAGUGGUACGACAGGGCUUCCAAAAGGUGUGAUGUUAACCCACAGAAAUUGUGCUAUUAAUUUGGAACAGUGUACAAACAAAGACCUCAUCAGUUAUGAGCCAACAACUGAUACCUAUCAAGAAAGAGUUCUUAGUGUUUUACCGUUUUUUCAUAUUUACGGCUUUAAUGGAAUUUUAAAUGGAGUAUUAUCACAUGGUCUUCAUAUGAUUACUAUACCAAAAUUUACUCCUGAAUCAUACAUUGAAUGUGUGCUCAAAUAUAAGCCAACUUUUCUGUUUGUGGUGCCUUCAUUACUGUUAUUCCUAGCUUCCCAUCCAUCGGUAAAACCAGAACAUUUAAGCUCAAUUAAAGAAAUCACAUGUGGUGCUGCACCAGCAUCGAAAGGUCUCAUCGAUAAUUUUUUACUUAAAGCUCAAAAAGACAUUAGAAUUAGACAAGGUUAUGGAAUGACUGAAUCAUCUCCAGUGUCUUUAUACACAAGAGUUAUAUUGCCUGAAAAUAAAACUGGUAGUACAGGACAACUUGUACUAAGUACUCAAGCUAGGGUGGUAAGUUUAACAGAUGGCUGUGACUUGGGACCACAUAAAUCUGGAGAAUUAUUGAUUAAAGGCCCACAGGUGAUGGCUGGAUACCUUAAUAAUGAAAAAGCCACUAAAGAAACCGUGGACGAAGAUGGGUGGUUACAUACUGGUGAUGUUGUUUAUUAUGAUGAGGAAGAAUAUUUCUACGUUGUAGACAGAACAAAAGAAUUGAUAAAAGUUAAAGGAAAUCAAGUAUCACCAACUGAAUUAGAAAAUUUGAUUUCGCAAUUAAAGGGUGUCGCUGAUGUAGCUGUAGUAGGCAUACCAGAUGUUCUGUCCGGAGAAAUACCUAGAGCUUUUGUUGUAAAACGACCAGGUAUGGAUAUUGAUGAAAAAACUAUAUUAAGCCAUGUUGAAAAGAAUGUAGUAGCAUACAAAAAAUUGGCUGGUGGUGUGAAGUUUUUGGACAUGAUUCCACGUAACCCAUCAGGCAAAGUAUUGAGAAAUGAACUUAAAGUGUUUGGCAACAAUCCAAGUGAACAACCACAGAACUGAAUUUAAAUGGUACAACAUAACAUUUUUAAAAUUAUUUAAAUAUAAUUAUAUAUUUAUUUAUUUAUUACUGGUGUUUGCAUAUGUAAAUUUUAUAUAUGUAGGAACUGAUAUAUAUAUAUAUAUAUUAUAUACUCUACCAAUCAGCAAAUUAGUGUAUAUUUUUAAUAACUAAUAAUGUAUAAUAUGUUCAAAAUUAUCUAAGAAAUAAAUAUCUAGCUAAUUUUGUUUUUAAACUCUUGUAAUAAUUUGGUUUAUGAGCCCAUUAAUCUUAAAAUUACUUUAAAAAAUAGAAUAUACUUUGUUAAUUUUAUUAUUUAGCAUAUUAUAUUUAUUUUUAAUUAUAUAUGUUAUUUUAUUAAUUGUUCAGAAAAAAAAAAUUGUCCAUCUUGAUAUAUAGUAAUAUUUCUUACAUUUGAUGAUUGUUGAAUAUUGAUUGUUAUAACUGUACUUUAUUAAAAAAGUGUAAAAUAAAUUUUAAAUGUUACUUUGUAUAAUAAAAGCCAAAAGGUGUUGUUGAAGGAA